AGAUAGCGGUGCCUAUAACUUCACACAGCGAAGGCUUGCUUUCAUGUCGUUACAUGCGUUUGCUGCGUUCGUGUAUUUUGUUGCGUGUUUUUACUUUUUUACACAGCUGUCAACUACCGGGAUUCACUACACAGCAUGUUUUUCAUCUGCAGUCUUUUGUUGCAUUCGAGCGAGUCGUUGACGUGAUAGUCAUUCCAGUUUUGCUGCGUUGAAGUACCCAGCCGAGGCCGUAGGGCGCUGUUUUGCGUUCGAAACCAGGACGGCAAGUUUUCUCCGCAAACUUUUUGGCUCCGCUAACUUGAGUUGCGUUGCGGGAGUGUCAUACGCAAAAGCACCGUAAAGUCAUGUCAUAAAAAAAAAAGGAUGUCUGAUCUGAGGACACCGAAACCGACACCGAAGUUCUUUCAGGAGGGACAAGCGCUUUCAACGAAGAAGGCCCGUAAGGAAACUGGUGACCGUCGACCUCCACGCCCACCUAUCAAGAGCCCUGUACGCUGGUCCUGGACCCAAAGCGCACGGCGGCGGCCUCAAGCAGUCAGCUUUAAUGGCUCCGAAGCUUCAUUCCAUAGCCGAUUAUACAAUGAAGCACGGGAUGAGCUGUACUUGUACCAGUGCUUCGAUGUGGAAUCGAAACUGGGUGAAGGCUCCUUCGGAGUGGUGUACCAAGUACGAAGCCGAGAAGAUGGGCAGCGAUAUGCGGUGAAGGAAUCUCACGCACGUUUCCGCGGCUGGCGAGACCGUGACCAGCGCCUAGAGGAGGUUGCCAAGCACGAGCAGUUGCCACCUCAUCCGCACUGCCUGAGAUUCGUUAAGGCGUGGGAAGAAGACUUCCGUCUCUACAUACAGACUGAGCUUUGUGCUUCGAGCUUGAGCAGCUAUGCUGAGAAGCACCACGACAUUCCGGAACAAGUGGUUUGGAACUACCUGGUGGACCUGCUCCAGGGCCUGAAGCACCUGCAUGAUCGCGACCUGAUCCACUUAGAUCUCAAGCCCGACAACAUUUUCAUCUCUGAUGAUGGACUCUGCAAGCUUGGGGAUUUUGGACUCACGGUGGGGCUCAGAACGAGCGACAACCAGAAGGAGCCUAUUGAGGGUGACCCACGUUACUUGGCACCGGAGCUAAUGCAGGGCCAGUUUACUAAAGCGGCCGAUGUGUUUAGUCUCGGCAUCACAAUACUGGAACUAGCAUGCGACCUUGACUUGCCCUCCGGAGGCACACAUUGGCACGCUCUCCGCAGCGGAACUCUUCCACGAGAGAUCGGGUCAAACCUGAGUAGAGAACUCCGUCGCAUGAUCGAGUGGAUGAUGCAGCCAGACCCACAAAUUAGGCCCACAGUUGACAUCAUUCUUGCUCAGCGGAGCGUGCUUAAAGUCCUCCGUGUGAGACGGCUGUAUGUUGCAUAUCGCCAUGUGAUAAAUUGUACCAAGAGGUUCUUCCUUCUGCUGUGGCUGGCAUUGUGUUCAUGGCUCUUGGUGGUGGCUACAUGGUGUCGAUCGGCACCAGGCUUACGGCGUCCUAAGAGACUGAAGAAGUCUCCAUCCACAACAUUCGACACCCUAGACUUCUCUGAAGACGAAGUGUUCGAGAAUUCUACCAUCAGCAAGUGCUCAGAUGGCAUACGUGACCGGUUCUUUGACACAUCCUCAUCAUCCAAUGGGAGUCACAAGAACGAUGGCAUUACACCUUCAAGCUCAACUCCCAAGCCCAGUCCCAAAAUGAAAUCAUUUCGAGGCUCGCUGCCCGGCCCCAUGCGGAGCACUCCGUGGUCCUCCUCGCCCCAUAAUAAGUCUGCAUCCCCUGGUCGCAAGAAUCGACUUGACGACACAGAAUGGUCGGACAUUGAGCCUAGGAACCUAUUGCGGGUGUUCGAAGCUGCUGGCUCCAGCGAAUGUGAUUCUUGAAAUCUGAGAAGGGGAACACAAUUCACGACUAGUCAUUCGCAUUUGAGGUGUUUACUCAUUGAUGAUGAGGUGUCAUACAACAGUGAACCUUGGUCACAUGAGCAGUUGUUUAUUUAUUGUUGCGUGCAAAUCCAUUCACUCGCGCUUUGAUGGUAAAGAAAAAGCCUCCUCGCAAGGAUGCGCCUGCUGAAACUAAAACAAACAAAACAAAUGCUUAUGCUGCAGACGAUUGUCACUACCCAUAGUGUGGAGCGUCACCGGUGAUGCUUUUCAACAUCAUCAGCGCUGUCGGAUAGUUGCCGUCAUUACUCAACAGGCUCUUGUAACCAGCAGAAAACAAGAUUCAUCAACAUGUUACCAUCAGUUAGUAGCUGAAACCUUGAGUGUUAAUUUAUUGUCUAAGCCUCUUACAGAGUCGCGGAACAAAUGUGUACAUACUGUUAGUAUUUAUAUACUAUAAAUAUAUUACAAAUGUCCCCCCGUCACAAGAAGGGUUGUCUUGCAGGCUGUACACACAAUUCACAGAGUGUUUCUUUGGUCCCGUCGGCAAACUCUGCUGGUGCUAACUUGAUGUUUCGAGGGGAUAUUUGUACCUCCAGGUUGUGCCUUCCACAUGGAAAAGCUACGACGAAAGAAAAAAAAAAGAGAGAGGUUAUAUUGAGGUUCAGGGAUAGUGGCAUGCCAAAAUGUUUGAACUGCAGUGUGUUUUUAAGCUGGAACGCCUCUACCAAAAGGAUAAUUCAUUUUAUCCAUUUAGUAGAAAGGAAUUAUGGACUAAGGUCAUAUAGUUGUAACAUUACAUUGUGUGUACAAGAUAGAGUAAUGUGUCUUAUGAAUAUAUCCCUCUAGGAGACUGACAACAUCUGUUAAUAAUGAAGCUGUUUGUGCGACGAAAAUCGCCCUAAAAUGAAUGAGUCCCGUGCUUUGUAUGUUCAGAAGGUCAUUUGCUGUUAUGCUGCAGUGCAGAAAUUAAAACGUUAUUCACAUCUCCCAACUGGCUGCACACCCCCUUGCAGAGCCUGCAGGUUAACCAGAGUUAAAUGAUCACCGCUGCUGCUCAAAUGCUCCUUUGUAUGUGGAUCCCAGGAUGUAAAGGCUGCUCAAAUGCUCCUUUGUAUGUGGAACCCAGGAUGUAAAGCGAACGUCUCCUUCAUGUAUAUCAUGAAGUUUCCCAAAGCUGCUAGCGGUCGCAUCCCAGUUUCAUCAGCACCCAGCUUUGAGGAAGAAGAAAGCAAUGCCCCCAGGGAAAGUUGUGCACGACACUUGUAAUCCAUGUAGUUUACGAUUUUGCGAAGCAAAAAGGGGGGAGCCGGCGGUGGUCAUUCUUUUCUCCGCCAUCUUGGAAAUGACUCGAGCGCAUGUGCAGGUGGUUUGUGAGCGGAAUACUAUCAAUUUUGAGCACGGGUAUAUCCGUUCAGUGAACAAAUGGGACUUUGCCAGCACUAAUGUUCAUAUGUGCCUUCUGCUGAAGUGAUUUGCAAUAUGUGUACACAUGAAGAGAAGAGUUUUGAAAAGUAAUGGCUGGCAUACCAGCAGAGACAUCUGUUUACAAGGUAACUGGCAAAUAAACCGUGCUUUUAGUUACA